UAUAAAUAAAUAUCAAAACUUGUUCGCCAACACACCAUCAUUCCAGUUUCCCUUUUCAUACAAUUACAAAAACCCUCUCUCUCUCUCUCUCUCUCAACAGCCAUGGGUGGUGGCGCCGUCGAGGAAUGGGUCAACGCCGCCAUGACCGACGACGCUAUGGUGGUCGACCUCCUGGUGCGUCUACACCGCGCCCCGCUGGAGUGGAGCGUGCGUCAGCGGAGGUCAAAGCCGGCGACGGUUAGGAAACCUGGUCGCAGCAGCCCCACCACUCCCCUGUCGUGGAGCGACGCCACCUCCGCCUCCCAGUACUCUACCCGCCCGCUUCCCUUCAAACUCUCCACCUCAACCAGAUCUAAGAGUAAUGUAGAUGGUGAAAAGACCAACUCCAAGAGGUCAAGAAAAAAGAAGACUUUGGCAGAGCUCAAAGACGAAGAGAGCUCACUGCUCAAGGAAAGAAGAGAGCUAAAAAGGGAAAUGGCAGCCUUACGAAUGAAUCUGGAGAGACAAAGGGCUACACACGAGAGACUAAAGCGGAGGAAGAUUGAUCUGCAGCCAUCUCAAGAAUCAACAUCCGUAGCUGAGGAAUCAGUCUCUGGCCAACAACUUCAAAUGGAAUCAACGGCUUGUGAUCCUACUACUCUCACAACGCCUAUUGUCUCAGGGAGUGAUGUCCCUCUACAAUCGUCUGUUUCAAAUGCUCGUUGCAAUGGGAAUGCUGAUGCAGCCUCUGGUUCUAAGUUUAUCCUCCCUGAUCUAAACAUUCCGUUUGAUGAGCCCAGCUAGCUAGACCAUCAACGGUGCACCUGUUCUCGACUAAGACCGAACAAGAAGUGCAACGAAUGAUAUCUAUACUUGAUAAAGACUAACCUCUUUUAGGACAGAGUACUGUAGUUAUACGGUAGAAGCAGUUACCGACCAACUGCCAGUGGUUAAGAUCUAUUCUUUUUGUUAGUUAUUACCAAUGGGAAAUACUACGGUGAUAGAUUAUGUCAAAUUCUUUCUCUCUUGUAUUUUUCUGGAGAUUUUUAUAGGUUAAAUGUAUAACUGUUUGUGUACGAGAUAUAGUAUGUGUUAUGUCUUUUAAAGGAAAUAUUUGUAGGAUCAACUAA